AUGAAGAUUGCGGGCUUCCUGUGUGUCGCUCUGGCCGGAAUUGCUACGGUUGUAGAUCAAGUAACGGCCCAGGAAGGUCGUUACUUUAUGUGCCCAAAUUUGAAAGAGGUCGAUCCCGACGACAUACGACCGUUUCCCCAGCCUCCCGCCAAUACAAUCAGUGAAAAGGCUGCCAUCAAAUUCAAACCGAUGCUCAACAUUAGUUACGAUGGAUGCGUCCCGUAUCCUGCAGUGAGCAAAGAUGGUAGUUAUGUCGAAGAUUUUUUUGAGGCUAGUAAAUCCGUCAACUACUGCAAGGGAAAUCAACAUGGAUCUCAAAUUUACGGCCGUGCAACCUGGUACAACAAUAGAUUCACGAAAUACUCUCCUCCAAAUGAAACCACAGUGGAUGGCACCCAUGUAAAAGUCAGGUAUAUCCUCCCGAAUGAUUGGGACAGCGUUGGAUACCAACUUAACACCACUGACCUUAAAGGUGGCUUUCAGGACCUGAUCUUGUGGCAACAGCUUACGGACGAGGCUCGUUGUGCUUUAAAUCAAAUGAGCUGGGGCAACAGGCAGAUGCCCAUCAAUGAAAACAACUUUCAGACCACCCUGAAAGAAGCGUACCCUUUUAAGUGA